AGUGAUGAAAGAGAGUUUGAAAUGGAAAUAUCCAACCGGUCUACUGUGACAGAGUUUGUCUUGCUGGGCCUCUCUGCCCAUCCAAAACUAGAGAAAACAUUCUUUGUGCUCAUCUUGCUGAUGUACCUGGUGAUCCUGCUGGGCAACGGGGUCCUCAUCCUGGUGACUGUGUCUGACUCCCACCUGCACACGCCCAUGUACGUCUUCCUGGGGAACCUCUCCUUCCUGGACAUCUGCUACACGACCUCCUCAGUCCCUCUGGUCCUGGAUGGUUUCCUCACUCCCAGGAAAACCAUCCCCUUCUCAGCCUGUGCUGUGCAGAUGUUCCUCUCCUUUGCCAUGGGAGCCACAGAGUGUGUGCUUCUGGGCAUGAUGGCGUUUGAUCGCUAUGUGGCCAUCUGCAACCCCCUGAGGUACCCCAUGGUCAUGAGCAAGUCUGCCUAUGUGCCCAUGGCUGUCAGUUCCUGGGUGGCUGGUGGAGCCAACUCCCUAGUGCAGAUCUCUCUUGCAGUACAAUUACGCUUCUGUGGGGACAACGUCAUCAAUCAUUUCACCUGUGAGAUCCUGGCUGUCCUGAAGUUGGCCUGUGCUGACAUCUCCAUCAAUGUGAUCAGCAUGGGGGUGGCCAAUGUGAUCUUCCUGGGGAUCCCAGUUCUGUUCAUCCUUGUCUCCUACAUCUUCAUUCUCACCACCAUCCUGAGGAUCCCCUCAGCUGAGGGGCGGCGAAAGGCUUUCUCCACCUGCUCUGCACAUCUUACUGUGGUGGUCAUUUUCUAUGGGACUAUUCUUUUCAUGUAUGCAAAGCCCAAAUCAAAGGACCCCCUGGGGGCAGACAAACAGGAUGUUUCAGACAAGCUCAUUUCCCUCUUUUAUGGAGUGCUGACCCCCAUGCUGAACCCCAUCAUCUACAGCCUCAGAAACAAGGAUGUGAAGGUCGCUGUGAAAAACCUGGUGAGUCAGAAACGCUUCACCCCGUGAUAGUGACAGCAAGCGCUGUAUUUUUGGUUCUUUGCACACAAGUGGCCCCCUAGGAAAUGACCACUUGGUAAGCAUACACUUACUCAGUGGUCUCACACAGCAAUAUUUCAAACUGCUGUGCACUUGGAUGGGGCUUUCUUGGGUGAUUGAGGAUGGAACAGCAACUCUUUAAAAUGAGGAGGGUGGUUGUGCUCAAUCACGUAGAACUAAGGAUGGGUGACUAUUAAAAUGUAUUUUUAUUUUUAUUCUGCAAAAAUAAGCAAUAAAAAUUAAAACUUUGUAAAAAA